AUGCGUGCUCAGGAAGGAAUAAAGAGGCUGCGGCUCCCCUGCUCCGGCUGUCAAACCUCCCUGGGCGACAGGCUGACCGUCGGGGACGCGGGCCUGGACCGAGAGCGGCUGUGUGGCCAGGCCCCUCAGUGCGUGCUGGCCUUCGACGUGGUCAGCUUCUCCCAGGAGCAUUUCUGGCUGGUGCACGUGGAGGUGGAGGUGAGGGACAUCAGUGACCAUGCGCCGCGCUUCCCCCGGGCCCAGAUUCCAGUGGAGGUGUCCGAGGGCGCUGCGGUGGGCACGCGCAUCCCCCUGGAGGUGCCCGUGGACGAGGACGUGGGCGCCAACGGGCUGCAAAGCGUGCGCCUGGCCGAGCCCCACAGCCCCUUCCGCGUGGAGCUGCAGACGCGCGCGGAUGGUGCCCAGUGCGCCGACUUGGUGCUGCUGCAGGAGCUGGACCGCGAGAGCCAGGCCACCUACAGCCUGGGGCUGGUGGCCCAGGACGGCGGCCGCCCGCCGCGCUCCGCCACAGCCGCCCUCAGCGUGCGCGUGCUGGACGCCAACGACCACAGCCCGGCCUUCCCUCAGGGCGCCGUGGCCGAAGUGGAGCUGGCGGAGGACGCGCCCGUGGGCUCGCUCCUGCUAGACCUGGACGCGGCGGACCCCGACGAGGGCCCCAACGGCGACGUGGUGUUCGCCUUCGGGGCCCGCACCCCGCCCGAGGCGCGCCGCCUCUUCCGCCUGGACCCGCGCUCCGGCCGCCUCACCCUGGCGGGGCCCGUGGACUACGAGCGCCAGGACACUUACGAACUGGACGUGCGGGCGCAGGACCGCGGCCCCGGGCCCCGCGCCGCCACCUGCAAGGUCAUCGUGCGCCUCCGCGACGUCAAUGACAACGCUCCGGACAUCUCCAUCACCCCGCUGGCCGCCCCGGGCGCGCCUGCUGCCUUGCCCUUCGCCGCCGCCGCCGCCGCUCUUGGCGGGGCGGAGGCGACCUCGUCGACCGGGCCUGGGACGCCAGAGGUGAGCGCCAUCUCGCUGGUGCCGGAGGGGGUGGCGCGGGAGAGCCUGGUGGCUCUGGUCAGCACCUCGGACAGGGACUCGGGCGCCAACGGGCAGGUGCGCUGCGCCCUCUACGGGCACGAGCACUUCCGGCUGCAGCCGGCCUACGCGGGCAGCUACCUGGUGGUGACCGCGGCGUCCCUGGACCGCGAGCGCAUCUCCGAGUACAACCUGACGCUGGUGGCCGAGGACCGCGGCGCGUCCCCGCUGCGCACCGUGCGGCCCUACACGGUGCGUGUGGGCGACGAGAACGACAACGCGCCGCUCUUCACGCGGCCAGUCUAUGAGGUGUCAGUGCGCGAGAACAACCCGCCCGGGGCCUACUUGGCCACGGUGGCCGCCAGGGACCCGGACCUGGGCCGCAACGGCCAGGUCACCUACAGGCUGCUGGAGGCCGAGGUGGGCCGGGCUGGGGGCGCCGUGUCCACCUACGUCUAG